CGAGCAAAGUCAAUGGCAGAAUGCCUCCCAAGAAGAGAGCACAGUCGAGCCCUGCCGGAGACGCCAGCAAGAGGUCUAAGCAGGGAAGCAGUCCGUCUCAGCGGCGAGAAGGAUCUCCUACUGACAGCCUGUCGAUGGAGUCGGAGGUCGUGACAGUCAAGGAGGAGCUCUCGGGUCCCGAAACUGCCAACACGAAUGGCAGCACUUCAAGUCUCAAGUUGUGGUGCCGAGACUGCAGCGAGGAUGCCUUGGAGGACUGCGUGGACUCGGCCCACUCCGUGUGCUCCCUCCGCCAGCUUCGCACAGAACAGGCCGCCCCCAAACUGCAGCGUCUGGACAAGGUGGCGACGUCGGCGCGCGAGGUGGUGAAGGCCCUGCUGGACGCCAAGGGCGUGCUGGAGGCCCAGCUGGAGCAGUGGCGCGGCAGGCUGCGGCACGUCGAGGAGGCCAAGAAGGAGCUGUGGGAGGCGGCCAUGGAUUGCCGGGACCUGGAGGAGCCCACACUGGAAGAGGGCCUGGAACAGCUGCUGCAGGACGCCACCACCCUCCUCCAGGCCAAGUGCCAGCUGCAGCUGCAGGUGGACUUGCCCUGCUCCACCUGGAAGGGCCAACUGCAGGUGGCGGCUCCAGGCUCCAGACGCAGUUUGCUUUGCCCACUGGUGCUGCAGAUGCAUCAGGACUGGAACCUCACCAAGGUCUUCCGUCCCGAAGAAUGUAUGGAUGUGGGAGAACUCAGCAAGCAGAAGAAGCACAGUAAGGAGCUGGACGAAACCCUGGAGAAGCCAGGCCUUGACAAGGUGAGGAAGCUGGACGGACUGGAUUGCGAGGAGCGGCCCAACUGGAGUGCAGAGCUGCUGCAGCGCGUCGCCCCGCGCGUCGAGUGGCUGUGGGUUGGGAACGCCGUCCGUGAGCACCUCGAGGUGAUUCAGGACAUGCCCGCGCUGCGCCACUUAAGCGUCCACGCGAUCGAGAGCAUCGAGAAUGCCCCAGGCCUGCCGCUGCAACUCGAGGACCUGGAGGUGGUGAACGUCUCAGAGGGACAUCUCCAGUCCGUGCAGCGGAUGCCCAGGCUGCGUAAACUCGCCUUGGACUGGUACACCCCCGGUGCGCUGGACGUGGUGUUCCCCCCUCUGCCCGCGGGUCACUGUGGCCUGCAGUGGCUCUAUGUCAGCCUCCGGCCGGCCUCCACCGUCCUGUCCCUGGCCAAGGCCCACGCCGCCACACUGCAGGAGCUGUGGAUCCUGUGCGCGUCCGAGGGAGAAGAUCCGUGGCACUUCAAGGACCUGGCCGAGGGGCUGCGCCAGUGCGGGCUGGUGGCGCUGCGGCGCGUAGUGCUGGUGCGUGGACCCGCUCCCAACAAGAACCUCCCCCACGCGGCAGAGUCGUGCCAACGGCAGAAGCAGGCAGUCUGGGACAAACUCUUGGCGAGGGACCCAGUGAAGCCAGUCCGGAUAGUGGAGGUCCAAUGCGAGGAGUGUGACAAGUGCCCACAGUUUCCGCCGCUGGGAGACUUUACGUGGAGAGACGAGUAACACAGUGCUUCAUCUCAAUUUUCUCUUUUCCUUUUUAUCAUGGCAUUGUUAGCAUCCUCUUUAUUGAACCCCCACAGCUAAUUGUUUCAUGUUUGUCGUGCUUGUUUAGUCAUUUAUUUCCCACCGCCUGACGUUCUGUUGCCGGGGCUGUGCUGACUUGUCCUUGAACCGAUCGUGCACUGCACAUCGGUGUUAGUACGGUGUGGAUCGAUGAUUCUCGCAUGUAAUGUGGUAACCAAGAACAGAACUUGAGAAGGAUUACAUAUGGGAUUUUCUUAACUUUAUUAUUAAAAGUGAAUUAAUGUCGUUGUUUUGUACGUAAUUUUCGGUUUGGUGAGACAGAAAACUAGACUGCUGAUUCUGUUUUGUUUGAUUCGUGUGUUAGUUCUUUUAAAACACGAAAUUGUUUAUCAUGUCUAGCAAGCUCUUCAAUUCCCACAGCAUGACGUUCAGUCUGCAUUGCUUGUUGAAAUGUUAUUUUAUCGAUGACGAUAGUAAACACACAUCUUUUGUUUCUAUCACAAU